AGAUGCCUCUCACAGACUCUAGAGAACAUAAGCAUGUUUCUGGCCACACCUUCAAGAGCUGGAAGCAAGAUACUAUCAACAGAUCUACUGACUCAAGACAGGCAGAGAUACUCCCUUUGUAUAGACCUUGAGCUGCUAGUCUCAGUCUGUUUCCCCUCACUAGCCAUUACGUUGCAGCUGCCGGGCGUUCCUUGUAGCAGGGAAUAAAUACGGAUGCCUGGGACUAGCUUCUCUUCUGCCCAUAUUUAAAUUGAGAUCUUGGUCUCUGUUUCAAGCUCAGGCCUUUGUUUCUUGUUAUCUCAAUCCCUCCAAAGCGAGCGACUAACUAAAGAUGAAUCAACAGAGCAACAACCCCUUGGACGAGGAAUUCGACCAGCUGGUUCAAGAACAGCUAGAUCUAUGGCAUGUUCCGGGGUUGUCUAUCGCUGUAGUGGACGGCGAUCAGACCUGGGCCAAGGGAUACGGCAUGGCAACCUUGCCCUCGACGCGCGUCACUCCGUCAACACUGUUCUACGCAGGAAGCACCACCAAGGCGUUUACGGCGGCCAUCAUGGCGAUGCUGGUGGAGGAUAACGACGGCUACCCGCAAGUGCAGUGGGACACGCCCAUCAGCCAGUUGAUCCGCGACGACUUUGUCCUGGCAACCGAGUAUGCCACACAGCAGGUCACUGUGGAAGAUGCGUUAUCGCAUCGGACUGGGUUGCCACGCCAUGACCAGGCACUAGGCAGCACCGCUGGCGGCAGCAGCAGUACCGCUGUACGGGAUAUUGUCCGCCAGCUACGCCAUCUACCGUUGACGGCCGAGCUGCGAACCAAGUAUCAGUACAACAACGCGAUGUUUAUCGUUGCGGCGCAUGUGAUCGAGACGGUCACAGGCGAGACGCUGGGAGCCCUGUUGGCGCGACGGAUCUGGGAGCCGCUAGGAAUGAGCGAGACGUAUUUCGGGCUGGAGGAGGCUCGCGGAGCCGAAGACGAAAACCCCCUCGCCCACGGGUAUGCGUACAACUAUGCCGACGAUGACGGGACGUACCGGGUCAUCGAAUGGAUGUCGCUGGCCGAUGUCUCUGGCGCGGGGUCAGUGAUCAGCUCGGUGAACGACUAUGCGAAAUGGGCGCGCGCGCUGCUGACGGGCUCUCCCGCGCUGUUUGCCUCUCCAACGACGGUCCGCGAGCAUCUCUGGCGGGCCCGGACCUUACUCCCCGUCGACCAAGACGGGUCAGGGUCAGGGUCAGGGUCAGCCUUUACGGGACCUGGCGCCUACGCUCUCGGCUGGGAGACGGGCGUGUAUCGCGGGGUCGAGUUCUUCGAACACCAGGGCGGGAUGAACGCGUUUGGAGCCGAGCUGAUCCUCAUCCCGGAGCUGCAGUAUGCGGUCGUCGCGCUGGGGAACACGGCGGGGACGUCCAACUGCGCCGAGCAGACGCUGGUGUACCACCUUAUCGAUCGCAAACUGGGUAAGCCCCGGUUCUUCGACUGGGAUGCGAAGAACCUCGCCCUCCUCGAACGGGGCAAACACGAGGCCGCUACCGCAAUAGCUCGGUUCUACCCGUCUCUCCCUUCGCCGCCGUUACCUACCACCCUACCCUUGUCAUUAUAUACCGGCACAUACCUCCAUCCCGGGUACGGCUCUGUCACCCUCUACCUCGAUGAGACGGGCUCAUCCGAGGGAGGGGGAUCUUCUGUCAUCCUGCGGGCCGACCGUAACCAGAACACCUGGCCCGAGAUCUUGCGUUUCCAACACGUCAGCGGGGAUUUCUUCGUCGCCGUGUCGGAACAUGACGGUGACUACGGCGCGAUCUAUCCCAGUGUGUAUCCGGCUGAGUUCCGGGUAGGAGCAGCCGGGAAAGUGAUUGCGUUGGGAGUUGGAUGGGAGAAGGAGAUGGGGGAGGAGAAGAUCUGGUUUAAAUAUUGACUUAUUAUCUGGGUUUAAAAUAUUAUUCAGGUCUCUACUCUAUAGUAACGACC